UCGGGCCGCUCUGUGCUCCUCGGCAAAGCAAGCUCUAACAAACCAAGGCAAGGGAACUACCCUAAAGACUUUUAAAACAAGCCGAAAGACAUUUUACACAAACUGACUGUAUCUUUACGCUGUUUGGAUAUCACACACAGGAGCGACUUUGAACAUACGAGCAACUUUGGACAGGUGCCUUAUUCACAGACAUCCUGUCCUCCUUUCCCUCUGUGACCUCCCGGAGACCCAUUUGACCUGUCUUCAUCCGUCUGUGUGGUGCCCUGUGUGCCCCCCACAGGCUGUUACAGAGUGGGACGCAGCGCCAUGGUAACUCACAGCAAGUUUGUCUCCGUCAUGAGCAGCCGCCCCUUGGACUCGACAAGCAUGAGGCUGCACCAGCGCUACAAGACUUUUAGCUCCAAAGCUCAGUACCAGAUGGUCCUCUCUACUUUGCACAAACUCCAGGAGAGUGGCUUCUACUGGGGAGCAAUAAAUGGCAAAGAGGCCAACGCCAUGCUGGCUUCUGAGUCCACGGGUACUUUCUUGGUUCGGGACAGUUCUGAUAACCGCCACCUCUUCACUUUAAGUGUCAAAACUGCAUCUGGCACCAAGAAUCUACGCAUUCAGAGUGAUCCAACAUCUUUCUUUCUACAAACGGACCCUAAAAAUGUCCAGUCAGUACCUCAUUUUGACUGUAUCCUGAAACUUGUUCACUACUAUAUGCCACAAAGCAAGCGUGGUGGGAACAUGUAUUACAUUUACUCUGGAGGUGAGAAGAUCCCCUUAGAACUGGUGAAACCGCUGUCAUGUAGCUUGUCCACAUUACAGCAUCUGUGUAGAAAAACUGUUAACGGUCAUCUGGACAUUUCUUCCAAAAGAGACCAGCUGCCUCACCCACUCAAAGACUUCCUGCAAGAGUAUGAUGCACCUAUCUAGAUUUGUGGGACUCACUGAAGGAACUAAAUUGGGAAUGAAA